CAUCGAGAUGUCGAAAUGUCGACAAUUCUAGUGCUGAUCGGAAUCAUCGUGACCCUGCUCUAUUAUGCAGCACAACAUAGGUACAACUAUUGGAAUCGCCGUGGCAUUCCACACGAUGUGCAGGUUCCCGAAAGGCAGGCGGGCUGGCCGACGAGGCGUCAAAUGGGCGUCAUUUACAGGGACUAUUAUCUAAAGUACAAAAUUAGAAAUGCGCCCUUCGCUGGCUUCUAUUUCUUCUUCAGGAAGACCGCGGUAGUCACUGACAUGGAGCUGGUCAAACGUGUGUUAAUAAAAGACUUUAGUAACUUUGAGAAUCGUGGCAUAUUCCACAAUGAACUCGACGAUCCUCUGUCCGCGACAUUGUUCAGCAUUGAGGGUCAGAAGUGGAGGCAGUUGCGCCACAAGCUGACGCCCACCUUCACCUCCAACAAGAUGAAGAACAUGCUGCCCAUAAUUUUGAGCGUGGCCGAGGAAAUGGCCAACGUCUUCAAGGAGAAGACGUUCACAGCCCAGGUCCUUGAAGUUACCGACUUGGUGGGACGCUUCACGGCCGAUGUAAUUGGCAACUGCGCCUUUGGGCUCCACUGCGACAGCCUGCGUGAUCCAAACGCGCAUUUCGUCCGCGUGGGAAAACGGGCUUUAACGGAGCGACGGUAUCAUGGCUUGUUUGAUUUCUUCAUAUUUGGCUUCCCAAAGCUGGCACGUCGCAUGCAUCUGAAACUAACAGUAGAAGAGGUUGAGGAGUUCUAUAUGCGCAUCAUUCACGAUACCAUCGACUAUCACCUGAGUACCAAAGAGAAGCGCAACGACUUCAUGGACAUGCUCAUCGAAAUGUACCUGAAACAGCAGGGGGGUAACACCGAAGAAGGUCUGUCGUUUGAGGAGUUGGCCGCACAGGCAUUCAUUUUCUUCGUAGCCGGWUUCGAAACCAGCUCCACAACCAUGGGAUUUGCUCUCUAUGAGCUGGCCCUGCAUCAGGACAUACAGAACAAGCUGAGAGCGGAAAUCAACGAGGUGUUGAGUAGGCACAACAAUGAAUACACCUACGAUAAUGUGAAGGAAAUGAAAUAUCUGGAACAAGUUGUCAUGGAAACUCUACGAAAGUACCCCGUGCUACCCCAUCUUACCCGAAAGGCCAUCUCAGACUAUUCGCCCGGAGAUCCAAAGCAUUAUAUUGAAARGRACACCUCAGUUGUAAUACCYGYUUURGGUAUACACUACGAUCCCGACAUCUAUCCGGAGCCAGACAAAUUCAAGCCCGAACGCUUCACAGAGGCGGAGAUUGCCGCUCGGCCAGCCUGCAGCUGGUUGCCGUUUGGUGAUGGUCCGCGCAAUUGCAUCGGCUCACGCUUUGGCAUGAUGCAAACGUCUGUGGGCUUGGCCCACCUGAUCAGGGCCUUCAAGUUCAGUGUGUCACCACAGACCCAAAUACCCAUGAAGUGGGUCACUAAAAAUAUACUCUUGUCAGCUGAGAACGGCAUUUACUUAAAAGUGGAAAGCGUAUCAAAAUAAAAAGGGCAAUAUUAU